GCCUUUUGCUAGCAGGCGGAAACGGUAGAACAGAGAAAACCUAACCAAAAUACACUAUUAUGGCGAUUGCAGACUCAAUCGCGUUGAUAGAAGAGUUACUAGACAAAGACAAGCUAGGCGAAGCCGAAGAGCAGGUUGACCAGCUUUGUCAGCAAGAAGGAACACCAUCAUUCAAAAUUCUUGUGUUAAAGGCCCAGAUCUCUCUCAGAAGCAAGCAGUAUGAGAAGUGUGAAGAGGUGGCUUAUAAAGCUGCAGAAGUGGCAUAUUCUAACGGCAAAAGAAAUCAGAUUUCGGAAGCGUUGAAACUUUUGGCCAUGGCCUUUUUCAGAAAUAAAGAUUAUGACAAUGCCUUAAAAUACAUAACAUAUUCAAGUUCCUUUGAUGACUCGCAAAACUCAGAGAUUAAGAUGUUUGCAAAUAUGGUUGCACAGAAAUACAAAAAGGCGCACGAUUUAUCUGAUGAGCUGAUGGAACAAGAAAGACAGAAAAUAAUAUCUGUUCCUCUGCAAUUCUCUACAUCAGGGCCUAAAAAGAAAGUAACAACUUCCUCAAGUUCAAAUGCUGCUGUAUCUGCCCAAGUUCAAGCUGCUAAACAAUCACUUAGGUCUGAUUGGUUUGAUUCGGGAAAGACGGUGGAAAUUUCACUUUACGUGAAGAAAAUCGAUGCAGAUACAGUCAAAGCGGUGAUUUUGCCUGAUUCAAUAAAAUUUGAGUUUCAAGAUGCUGAUAAAUUAAGCUAUCAUUACAAGGUAGAUAGGCUUUUUUCAUCUAUAGACGAAACGAAGUCCACCUAUACGGUAUAUGGCACGAAGCUUCAGAUUUUAUUGAUCAAGAAAAACAGUAAAGCAUGGCAUGCAUUAGAGAGACCACAGGAUGCACACUUUGAAGAUGAGGCAGCAGAAGAAGAGAAACAAGGACAGGAUAUAGAUCUAACAGAGGCAAAAAGCAUUUUAUCGUAUCCUUCUUCUUCAAACAAAAAGAUAGACUGGUCUAAGUUUGAUAUUGAUGACGACAAAGAGGAAGAAGACCAAGAUCCGGAUGCUUUUUUCAAAAAGCUUUAUGAAAAUGCCGAUGAAGAUGCUAGAAGAGCAAUGAUGAAGAGCUUCAUGGAAAGUAAUGGGACAAGUUUGAGUACCGAUUGGAAAGAUGUUGGUUCCAGAGAAGUCAAACCAUAUGAGGAAGAAUCUGAAAAUCAAUCAAGCAAAAGUUGAAAACAAUUGUUUUUACCAUAAAUGGAUAGUGUAAAAGAAAGCCGAAUAUUUGUAUACAGGUUAUAGAUAUAUUACAUAGUUGAUGUUACAAAAAAUAUUAGAAAGUUUCUGAAU